AUGGCGGCAGGUGGACAACAAUCGUACGUCGACUACGAUGCCUUCACCGCCCCCACCUUCUCACCCACCGCAUAUGCCAACCAGCUCGUCCUCCAAACAAACAACCCCACCGACACCCCGCUCGACCUCUCCACCCCACUCUCCCGCGUCCUAUUCGAUGUGCAAGAAGUAGACACCCACAUCGACACCCUCACAACCCAAAAUGCCCUCCCCAUCAUCACCCACACAUCCGAGCGAGCAGAAGCCAGCCAGCGGAUAUUAGACGAGGUAGAGAGCCAGGUCAAUGGCUUGCAGGAAAGCUAUAGACGAUUAGAAAGGGAAGUGCAGGAGCGGUAUGAAGCCGCUGAGCAAGUGCGUCUAGCGGCGGAGAGGAUGGUGAGGACUUUGCGGUUGGGGAGGAGCGUGCAGAGGGCUGUGCAGAUGGGACGGCAGGUGGAGGGGUUGAUGGAAGGGAUGCAGAAGGGUGGGUGUGGGAAUAUGGUUCCCGCUGCUAAUGCGCUAUUGGGGCUGCGGCAGUUGUUCAAUACUACGGGAAAGGGUGAGGAGGGGGAUGGUUUGGGGAGGGUGCAGGUGGUGAGCACGCUGAGGAACGAGAUCGUGGCGCCGGCGGAGAGGGGUUUGCUUGCAAGGGCUCAGCAGGUGGAGGCCAGCAAAUUGGAACUGGAGCCGGACCAUCUUAUGCACAGACGGAAGACAUGA